CUUAUCCUCUUCUUUCGCCAAGUGAGGCCAAUUCGUAAUCGUCUCAUGCUACGUAUAAGGAAUCUUUUUUCGUAACUUUGAUCUUCAUUACAAUCUUUAACUGGUGCCUGUCCAAACAAUGCUUGGCCACUUAGCGGCCCAGUUGCUGCUAGCACCGGUGCUGGUAGCAGCCCUUCCCAGGAGACAAGAAGUCACCACACCCCAAGUUUUAGUUAAGUUCGAGCUCAAUAAUACUCAAGAUGAGCUUGCUGUCACGGGACCUACUCUUCGUCUCGACAUUCUCGAGUCAACAUCUCCAUGUGGUUAUGGAAAUGUGACCCUCAAUGACCAAGCACUCGCGCAAGACGAGAAUGGUAAGGGGUUCGGACCAAUUACGACUGAGAAUGGCAACAUCAUUCUCGCUACCUGGGGAUUCACUUGUGUACAUCUUGAAAAUGAAUUUCAAGGUCAGCUUAUGACUUUCGAUGUAAUUUCGGUGGACGACGAAAAUGUUGAAGAUGUUGGAUUCAAUGUUCAAUUUCAACAGAUGGCACCUCUUUCGAUCUCGCUCGCCAAUGGCACCGGACUUUCUGUAGAGCUUACCACUACUACGAAGGUCAAGGACGAUGGUUUGGAUAAGGAUACCUCGACUUCCUUGGACGAUGAAUUGGCAGAAUUGAAGUCAAUGAUGCGACAACUUGCAGCACUUGAACAUGCGAUUUCCGCCAAGGCGCAGCAUAUAUCCGAGACAUACGAUUUCAGACAGCCGCACAGAUUCCAUUCAUUUUCCGAAUGUGACAGUCUCAAGUGUAUUGUGAAGACAAUGUACAGAAGAGCGAGGCACAUGGCUAGCCGACUUUAUGGGCAUGGCCCUGAAGGCCACGGCCCUUUUAAUCAUCAGGGCCCGGGACCUCAUUGGCCUUUACACCACGGAGGUGGAAAGCAUUUUGACCAUCUUCCUCUUUGGUCCCCACCGCAUCAUGGCAAACACGACAACCACUCUCACCCACACCCACCGCCUCAUAGUCCUCAUGGCCCUCCCGAUGGACCGCACCACCACCCGCCGCCCUUCUGCCAUUGUGGCCCCCCGCCGCCACCACCGCCCCCGCCUCCGCCGCCACCCCCGGGGUUCUUCGAUGGGCCACCCCCUUUCCACGGAGGACCACCGCCGCCGCCUCCACCACCACCACCACCACCGGCGCACCACGAAUUCCCAGGUUCUGACAGACCUCACAAACAUCCCAGACCAAUUCCCGGGUUCGAGAUGGAGGAUCCGUCCGAGAACCUCGAGGAUGAUGAGACCCGGCGACCAAUGCAUGUACCUGAGGAUGAUAUCGAUGCUCCGCCAGUCCUAACUCAUCCUCACCACCACUUACAACCCCCACCACCCCCACCACCCCCUCAUCAUGAAGGUGGCCCGCAUCCUCCACCUCCACCACCGCCUUUCGGUCCCCAUGGCCCAUUCGAAGCGCUACCACUGGUGCACAUCGGGGCUGUAGUAGUCCUCCUGGGCCUGCUAAUAAGUGCCAUCUGCACACGCUGCUGCACUGCGUCUCGCAAGAGUAAAUGUGCUGGGCGACGUCGAGCUGCAAAGGCCCGUCGCCACCGUCAUGGUGCUUGGGCUGGCCCACGUGCUCUCGGCCACAAGUACAGCGAAAUUCUCCGGUGGUUAAAGGAGGGCUUAAGGCGCCAGGAUGCCGACGAUGAGGAGAAGGAAGCCAUCAUGAGAGGAUUGCACGAGUCGGACAACGAGUACGAGGAAGAUGACAUCUCGACAACCAUGGAGCAGGAUAUCGCACAAUUCCGUGCCGUUGCUAGCGUCGUCGGCCAUUUGGUCGCUGCGGAAGAGGGACGUUCCCGCGAGUACCCCCGUGAGAUGCAAGAGCAGCGCAACAUCCCGACACCCCCGAGCCCGACCUCGGCGUUCCCAGACUACGCAUCGGUUGACGAGGAGCUUCCUGCCUAUGAUGCAGGGUCUGAGGACUCCGGAUUCGUUGCCGAUGGGUUCCGACCAGGCCACGGCAACUCCCGGUACACCCCACCCGAGUCGACGGAGGGAUCAUCGCUUGAUGAGCAUCUAGGAAGGAAGGAUUAGGGGACGGAACGAAUAGGAUAGAUCCAUCUCGGGAUGAUUUAAUCUUGAUGUAUGAAUAGGGACAUAUUGCUGCAGUGGUGGUCUCGGUCUACUGGUGCUUGGGUAUAUGAUAUCCGUACAGAGAGGUACAGGAGUUCUGGGAUAUGGCCCCAGGGUUUGUGGGCAUAAUAGCAUCUACAUCAUGGCUUUUUCUUUUUAUAUGUUUGUCUUUAACGUAGGUAGCUGAUUAAUGGAAGCUGAGGCUGAGGCUGAUCCUUUCUGUUAAAUAAGCUCAAAGAGUUUUCUUACCAAGUCCUCU